AGGUACAUACACUUCCAACUACUACGUUAGGGCUUCAAGGAUCAUCAGAGGAGAGAAAACCAUAUCCUCGGUUCAAUUAUCCUUGGAACGCUGUUCUUCAUUUUCAGGUACAGCUUCUGGACUUUUUGAGCAACAGACAGCGGUAGAGAGAUGAAUUCGAAAAACUCCGGUUCUAUUUCUCCUCGCAAAGCUGCUGCGAAUUUGAAUAGAAGUAUGCAGUCCCUCAAAGAAGGCUUUAAACCUGCACCUUCUUCAAAAGGUCAACGCUACAAGUCGACAGCUCAACCGAGCAAUUAUCAAUCCCAGUCAUUGAUCUCCAAGACGCCUGGACCGUACCGACCACGACCAGCAGUAGCAGCACGACCAACAGCACCAGCACGACCAUCAUCGACAUCUCAAUCUUUCACGCAAUUUCAACCGCGUGCAACGUCGACACAGAAGUCGAUCAACGCAGCACCAACAUCUCUGCCGCGUGUACAGCCACCUAAUCCAGGAUCAUCGUACUCACGGCUGGCCGAUGAAGCAUCAACGUCUCGUGAUCAGAGCCGCGGCCAAUCAUUAGCGAGACAAAAUGUAGUGGUGCAGCAGGAUUCUGUGGCGAUCCAACAACUCAACAGCAAAAUCGACUUUUUAAAUCGAAAAAUUGCCAAGUUGGAAGGCUCAAACAACGCUAUGAAUACCAGACUCGCCAACUUGGAGAAAACUGCCAGUGACAUCAAACAAGGCAUCAAGAGCGUGGAGCAAGUAGCUCGAUCGAUGCACGAGAUAUUGGCUAAUAUUACCAGGAAUAAUAACAGAAGGGCAACAACGCGACCUGCCUCCCUUCCUUUCAAGUCAACCGCUGACCUCGUAGCCUUUGACAAUUGCAGUGAAGAGAAAUUUCGACACCUUGUUGACUACCUCGACUACAUAAAAGGGUUGAAUCCAACGGAUACAGCAGCUAAAUUCAUCAAGAACUGCUUUAUUAUCGACGAGGACCUCUUCAGGAAUUUGACAUGGCACGGCUCCAAAACGAACGACCAUCUGAUGGCUUUGAAGAGCACAAAGUUCGCGAAAGCUUGCGCAGAAUCUAUGCCGUUAAACCCGAUCACGCUGACGAAGCCGACAGAGGAUCAGUUUUCCGUGGCCAUGACAAAGGCCCUGAAAAGUGCUAAGGAGGGUUAUAGAAGGAAGAGAAAACAGCCAACCUUCAAUGAGGAUAUCAUCGCGUUGCAACCACAACCUCGAAGGCCCUGCCAGCAACAGUGGCAGCAACGCAACGACCAACUGGAGAGGAACGACAACGUAGCUCCCAUCGAGGACAACGGUGACAACGGCGGCGACUACGGCGGCUACGGCGGUCAGAACGACAACGGCAACUACGGAAACCAGGACCACGACGACGUUUUGGAAGGUCAUCAGGACGUGGAAUACAACGGAGGAGGCCAGGGCCACGGCAACUACAGAGGCCAGAACGAGGACAACUUCGAAGGUCAGGACAACGGUGACAACGGCGUCGUCUACGUCGAUCAGGACGACGACGGCGGCUACGGCGGUCAGGACGACGACGGCGGCUACGGCGGUCAGAACGACGAUGAAAAAUACGCAGACCAGGACCACGACGACGUUUUGGAAGUCCAGGACGUGUACUACGGAGGAGAAGGCCAGGACCACAACAACUACAGAGGCCAGGACGACCGCGGAGAGUACCAAGAGGACGAGACGCAAGACAUGUUUGCAGAUUAAUGGGUUUUUCUUAUUUACAUUACUAUGCAUUUAAUUUAAUAUUUUUUCAGGUUGAACGCUCGUUCACAUUUUUUACAAAUUUUUCUUUUUUUACAUUUAACUUUUUUUAUAUUUCAUAUUUAAUGUAGUCUUAAAAAAUGUUAACGAGCGUUGGAGGGGCUGAUUGCUGUGGUUGAGCCUCACACGAGAGGGGCGAGGACAGGGGCCCCUCUCACUCACUCUAAAAAAUAAUAUACAAAUCACGACAAAUGGAAUUUUAUUUUUUCAGGUCCCUCUUCUAAAUCAUCGACAAGGCAAGGAUACGAGGUCCCUUACACAUGGAAAACAUUGAAAUAAGAUAAGUAUAAUCGCAUCAAUUUAUAUUUUUAUCUUGUUAUAAAUGUUUCUUUUUGAAAAUUUUUCUCGUUUCAGGAGUAGCAAGGACAACGGCAGAAUCAAUAAUACGAAUAACAUCAGGCAAUCACCCUUAUAAUUGUACAUACACCUGCAACUACUACCUUAGUGCUUCAAGGAUCAUCAGAGGAGAGGAAACCGUAUCCUCGGUUCAAUUAUCCUUGGAACACUGUUCUUCAUUUUCAGGAACCAAAGGUCUAUAGGCAGCAGGACUAUGAGCAAGCAAUUAACAGGAAGAAAAAAUUCAAAUACGUGUUUUGAUAUAUAAUUAUUGUAAUUAUUAUGUAUUACAUUUAUUAAUAUGUAUAUCCCAGAAAUAAAUUUUGAUUAUUUUAUUAAUAAUAGUUUAUUUUUAAUUUUAAUAACAAAAAUAAAUCCGCAUACAUCCGGUGCGCGUGCUCAAAAUAAAAAUUUCAUUUUGCAAAAUGCCGGCACAAUGCGCGCAUAUAAUGUGCAAAAUGCCCGCAUAUUUGCAGCACGAAUGUAGCGUACCCUGAGCAUUGCGUGCGGGCACAGCGCUCUCGCACAUGCUCGUCAUAUGACGGUCAAAAGCUGGGGCAUCUGGCAAUCUCGCGUGCGGCAUGAAUGUCGUCGUGUUGCCGUCAUUGUGCCGAGCCUUGCGGUUUGGGGCCCCGAUAACAUAUAUUUACUGACGAUUUACUGUUUCCGUAUCGGAAUAUACCCAGCAUGAAUGCUGCGAAUGUGCGUGCAUUAUGACGAUGAAAUGCCGUCGUUGUGCCCGCAUUUUGCGGACAUUUCAAAUUUUUUUAAUUUUUACGGUAGCACGCGUGCUGCGAAUAUGCCGGCAUAUUGCUGUUGGUUCAUGGGCGCAUUUUGCGGGCAUAAAAAUGAAUUUAUUUUAAUUUUUUCUAAAAUUAUUUUAUUUAAGAAAUAGAAAUUAAAUUUGAAAAAUUCAUAAUACAAUAUAAAUACAAAAUACAAAGAAAAUAAAAAGUAUAUAAAAACCAUAAAUAACAAUGAAUUUUGAUUUGAUGCAGUUUCUUCUGUUGCGCCCUGCCCCGUUGCUCCUAUUCUUGGAACUCCUGGUGCGGAUACCUGAUGC